AUGAUUAAUACUUCUCCUGACAAAUAGAGCAAAAGAUACAAGCCCAUAUAGUCUCGCUACAUCGAGCAGGUUCGGCCUGAUGAAUCUCUUUCCUCUAAUACUGACAUAGAUUAAAAUGAUUAGUAGAUCAGACAAAGUAGCCAUAAGACUUUGCCGAAGAAGGGAUCCAUCAGAAUCCGCAACCUCGACAUUGAUAGUGAUAUCAUAAAAGAGGAUAUAAGUGAAGAAAACAAGAGUGAUCAAGAAUCCGAUGUGGGUUACACAUAAAAUCGAAACAUACAAGUGGCAUUCACUCCCAACAAUGAGGAGGAGGCUCAGAAUCCGUUCAAAACUCCAGGACAUCAGUAUUCUGACAGUCUGUGGAAAGUAAAUAUUGUUGGAAACCAUCAUUUCGAUCUUUAGUAAAAUGGCACUCCAAAAGAGUCGAAAGAUCAUGAUUCUCUUAAGGCUGAAAUUACUAUAAAGUCGUAUAAAAACCUGAACAGUGCUAAUAGUUUGUAUUCUCCAUAGAAAGGGUCACAAAUGCUGAUCCAAUCAGAGGACACUGUUUACUAGAAUUUUAAUGCGUUUUAAAGACUUGUUCUUUUGCAUGUCUUCAGUUUUAUGAGAGAAAUGAAACGAUUGUUAUCGACUUCAGUUCAGAAGAUUAAUUUUUAUCAUCUCCCAAAAUAGGCAGUAAAUGACUCUAUUUAAUUCAAUUUAAAAAUCCUGUAUCAGCAAAUCAAAACUAAUGAAUAAUCAAAUUUGUCAACUCUCACUCUCUUCAAACUAUUCUUUUGGCGAAUCAACAAGCUGGUGACACUCCUUGUGAUAUUUCUGGCUAUGACUGAAACAUACUCAAGAUUUGUGAUGGCCAUUCUUACCGAGACUUUGAUUUCAGCAGUUGAAAACUAAAACAUCGGAGACGCUUACAUCCAAGCAUGUGCCCUUGCUUUAUUGUCAUUAGUAGCUUUGAUGAGCAAACAUUUUUAAUAGUAUUUGAUUCCUACUAAUUUUAGAUAUCUGAUCAGUAAUAUUGCGACAAAAAUGCGCAUGAUCCUCAUCAAUCUAAUUUACGACAGAGUCAUAGAAUUGCAUUCUUCUUAGAUCUCCGAACUGAACAUUGGCAAAAUUAUGAAUCUGGUCAGUAGUGAUUUCAAUGUAAUUGAGUAUCAGUUGAGCUACGUCUACCAAAUUGCAGUUAUUCCAGGCUCUUUGCUUCUAACUUCGAUCAUCUUAUGGUUAAGGUUCGAUGGUCCAAUAGGAUUAAUUGCAAUUCUCUUUUGUGGCAUUCUAUACCCAUUAUAAAUUUUGAUUCAAAAAGCUAAUAAGUCCAUAUUACUGAAGACCAGAAAACUCCAAGAUCAAAGAAUCUAAGUAUUUUCAAUCCAUCAUAUCAAGCAAACCAAUACCGUAAUUGAAGGCAUCAAAUACAUAAAAAUGUAUGUUUGGGAAUCUGUUUUCGAGAAAAAGAUCUACUAACUAAGAAGUAAGGAAUUUCUCUACUACCUCAAUAUCCACAUCUUGAACUUAAUCGAUAGAUCGUUUAAUUUCAGCGUGCACAUCUGGGGCUCCUUUUGCUUCAUUUUGUUUCUCUACUGCUAUGACAUCCCACUAAGUAUUUCCUCAAUCAUGGGCACAAUCCAACUCAUGUCCAUGAUCAAAUACUAUUGUAUCUUCCAAGUGUCCUAUGCCUUUUAAGCUUUGAUGAACUUCAGUGUCAUAUUCUAAAGAGUUUCAGAAAUUCUCAAAUAAUCAAAUAAUGCCCUCACCACUAUUGAUCUUUACAAUAAAACCACAUUUACAGCCUACGACCUUCAACAUCAGCCUAUUCAACUACUCCAAGAAAGAACAAGAGGAUUGAAUCGCAAGGGAAGUCUCAACCUCCAAUCUGCUACUCUACUGACAGUCUUUUAGUACUACGGCAGAUGGCAUAAGGAUGCAGUUCCCACAAUCAGUGGAAUCAAUUUGGACAUCAAAUCUGGGGAGAUAGUGGCUGUUAUAGGGAAGGUUGGAUCUGGGAAAUCCACCCUGCUUUCAGCCAUACUGUAAGAUGUCCCCUAUUAUGAAGGAAUGAUUAAUCAGUAAAGAAAGCUAAAAUUAGCAUAUGUGGAAUAAGACCCUUUCAUCUAUACUGGAUCGAUACGUGAAAACAUAGUAUUUGGAAAAGAUUAUGAUUACACCCUGUACUUAAAGGUAUUGGAAGUAAGUUGUCUCGACUAAGACAUCCUUGCAUUUAGGCAAGGUGACAAAACGGAAAUCGGGGAAAAAGGGGCCAACCUUUCUGGUGGUUAAAGAGCUAGAUUGAGUUUGGCCAGAGCCUUAUAUUCUAUGGCAGAUUUGUAUCUAUUUGAUGAUCCUUUGUCUGCUGUUGACUCGAAAGUGGCUGGCAAAAUCUUUGAUAAUGCCAUUAAGGAUUUCAUUUUCAAAUUUCAACCUAAUUAUAGACCCUCUUUAAUUAGAUCUCAUCAGGCCUUCAUCUCUUAGACUCCCUCUGUUAUUCUUGCUACUCAUUAGAUUUCAUUUGCAUUAGAAUGCGAUUAUGUAAUCAUAUUGGAUUAAGGCAAAAUAAUUCAUUAAGGGCCUAAAAGUAAAAUAAAGAAGCACAUUCUAGAAUAAUCAAAUAUUUAGACUAGUAAUAAAAGCUUAGAGAACCCACUAAAGAUUAGACAACUCAAAAUUAGAAGACCUAGCAGAUUAAUAAGUAAGGUGGUUAAUCAAAUGACAAAGACGAAUAAAGAAGAAACUCCUUCACUUUAUGUAGGCGAAGAUUAGAAUCAAUAAGAUGCUUCAUCAGCUACUUACAGAAGAUAUUUCAGUUAUUGGAAACCUUGUCUUUUGAUUGUCGUAAUUCUGUUGCAAAAUGUUGCCAGUGAAAUUAUUAAUAACUAUUAUUAUAAGGAAAUGGCAUCAUUUAGAUAGGAUUAAUAUUACAAUAAUGAUAUUGUUUUUAAGAAUGCCAGCAUCCUUGUGAUUGGUGCUUAUAUAAAUAAUGUGAUCAAAUAUUUUCUAAACAUUUUUGGUGUCCUUACAUCCAAUAACAUCAUACACAAUAAAAUGUUGAAACGAUUGAUACGAUCCCCCAUAGAAUAUUUUGAUAAAAAUCCUUCUGGAAGAUUGAUUAAUCGAUUUUCAACAGAUUUAUCUCUUGCCGACUCGUAAAUUUAAUAAACUAUUACUGACAUCUUUGAACAGGGUGCUUAAUUCCUUGUUUCUUUGAUAACCAUAGCAAUAUUGUAACCAUACUUUACAUUUCCUGCUAUUUUCACUGUGGCAAGCACAGUAGCAAUAUUCAGAGCAACUAGAAUUGUGAUUUCAUAACUCAAGAUCUGUGAUCUAAUAUCUAGAUCUCCACUCUUCGAUUAAUUCAAAAUAUCUGUUUAUGGCGUUACCUAGAUAAGAAUAAAUGAAAAUUAAUCAUGGAUCAAGGACAAAUUUCUAAAAUUGUCAAACCAAUCAAUGCAAGCCAAUUUAAUGUUUCUUUAUUCUUAAAGAUGCUUCGGAUUUUAUAUUGACUUGUUCGGUUAAUUCGCUAAUAUAGCAGGGAUAUUUCUAAUCAUAGCUAUGGUAGAUGAUCCAACCAUCUUUUCUUAAGCGUUACUUUUACUGUCUACUUUCAAUACUCAAGCAGGUACACUUCGACAAUUCAUGGCUUUCGACUCUAUGAUGAAUAGUAUAAAUAGAAUGUUCGAGAUCUGUGAUAUUGAAAUCGAAGAUUAAAGUAAGCAACAAUGUGAUUUGGAAGUUUAGAUUUGGCCUAGAUUAGGAACAAUUUAGUUUUAGAAUGUGGAAAUGUAAUACAGAAAGAACACUCCAUAUGUAUUGAAAGGCAUGAGUUUUAAUAUCAAAGAUAAGGAGAAGAUAGGCAUAGUAGGUAGAACUGGAUCUGGAAAGUCUUCCAUCAUUUAAAGUCUCUUUAGAUUGUCAGAAAUUGAAGAAGAAGGUCACAUUAAUAUCGAUGAUUAAGAUAUUAAAAAGAUUGAACUUAACAAGUUAAGACAAGAAAUAAGUAUCAUUCCUUAAGUACCAUUCAUAUUUAAAGGAACUUUAAGAGAAAAUCUAGAUCCUUUAAAAUAGUUUGACGACCAAAAGAUUUUAAACACUUUAGCAGAAACAGAAUUAGAAAGCUUUUUAUAAUUACUACCAGAUGGAUUAAAUCAUAACAUGGAUCCAGAUCUAUUUUCAAUAGGAUAAAAGCAACUCAUAUGUUUGAGUAGAGUAUUACUGAAUAAAAAAAAGAUUCUGGUUUUAGAUGAAGCUACUGCGAAUGUUGAUAUGAUUACAGAUUGUUUGAUUUAAUAAAUUAUCAAAGAUAAGUUUAAUGAUUGCACCAUCCUUACAAUUGCUCAUAGAUUAAAUACAAUUGCAGAUUAUGAUCGAGUUUUGGUUUUGGAAGAUGGAAAGGUUUUGGAAUAAGGACAUCCAUAUGAACUAUUAGUAUAGAAUCCAAAGAUUUCAACCUAUAUUAAUAGUGAUUCAACAUUUGCCAAAAUGGUUCUCUAAACUGGAAGCAAGAACAGUAGUUAGAUUUAUGGAAUUGCAAGAAAAUGUUAUCAAAGAACUCAUGAUAUUGGAAGCAGAAGCAACGGUAAUAGCAAAAUCUUUGAAGUAUCUCCCAGUAGUAUAAAUGAAUUUAACUUUUGA